GAUUGUAAAGGUUGGUCUGCCUAAAAGUUGAAUUUGACUUCGUUGUAUUACAGGUACGACCAGGAUAUAGGAGAGUUUGUGUCUGAUGAUCAGUGCUGAACUGUCACGAAGAACCUUACUGAAGGAAGACGGCUGAAGACAGGUACGACCAGGACUUAGGGGAGUUCGUGUCUGAGGAUCUGUGCUGAAGUGUCACAAAGAAUCUUCGGAAGAAAAAUUGCCGAAGACAGGAAAUGGCGAACAAGCUGGCGACACUCCUGGUUCUUCUGAUCAUCAUUUUGCGGGAACCUGGACAGACCCAACAAUGUGACAGCAGCUGUCCAUCAGUCUGCAAUUGCGUCGGUAGGGGCUUCCGCCUUGUUCCUGCAGACCUGCCCAGAACCAUCACCAGCCUUAAGCUGCACCACAAUUCUAUCACAAACUUAAGAAGGAUUGGAUUCUCAUUGUACUCAAAGUUGAAGGAGUUAAAUGUUAAUCAUAAUAAGAUUUCAAAAGUCCACAAGCAGGCCUUCUCCGGCCAGCUCCAAAAGUUGUACCUAUCAAAUAACAAGAUAACUUACAUUCAGCCUGGUGCAUUUUCGCUUUUAGGUUGGCUCCAAGAGCUGAACCUGAACGGAAAUAAGAUAACCAACAUUGACCCUGGUACAUUUUCAUGUUUACCUGGUAUAUUAUCAUGUUUAUCAAAUCUAAGAUCUCUGAACCUAGGUAACAACAAAAUAACUAAAAUUCCGCUCGGUACAUUCCUAAAUCUAACGUCGCUUUCUAGUUUGGGCCUAUACUCCAACAACCUAACUACAGUCCUUCCAGGUACAUUCACAAAUAAACGACGUCUCAAGCAUUUGUCGCUGCACAACAACCAAAUAACUGAUUUCAAGACUGGCACAUUUUCAGAUUUGCCCAGACUUCAUUUUUUGGAGCUAUCAAGUAAUCAAUUACGUGACAUUCAACCUGGGGCACUCUCAAAUCUAACUAAUCUUAAAACGUUACGCCUGGAUGAAAACCCAUGGAAUUGCGACUGUAGGAUGGUAGGUGUGAAGAAAACCUUUAAAUUCAAUAACAAAAUAACUUGUCAAGAACCUAGCAACCUCCACGGGAGAAAACUAGACGAAAUAGAUCCAAACAAUCUAAUCUGUACAAAACCAAAGAUUGUGAGUUUUGAAAACAUCAAAGGCAACAGACUGGUGUCGGGAGAAAUUCUCCAUUUGGUCUGUGAAGCUUCAGGUAUCCCUAAACCAGACAUCACAGUCACCAUCCCAUCUGGACUGAAAGCUACUGUUGAGUCAAGUGUGAGAGUGACUGUGGGAGUGAAUGGUGCCAUCACCGUAACCAAUGUUACUGCAGCUGAUGCUGGUAAGUACAUCUGUACUGCGAGAAAUCUAGUUGGCUUUGCAUAUGUCAACCUAUUUGUGGUGGUAGAAAUCCCAACAUCGGUCAUACCCGUCGUAUCCACUGGCCUUGUGGAGACCUCUGAUGUCAUAGCUUCCACAUCUGCCUCGCACACUGACGGCAUGAUGUUCAAAAGGCUAACGACAUCUGACAGACUGUUUGUUGAGGUAAAAACUAUAACAUCAGUCAUGUCGGGCAUAUCCACUAGCGCUGUUCAGUCUGACGGCAUGGUGUCCCAAAAGCCAACGAUUGUGAAGUUUAAGGUGAGCAAUAGUACAAUAGCGCAGGGAGAGACUCUGUAUUUGGUCUGUGAAGCUUCAGGAAGACCUCCUCCAAAUAUCCUUGUCACUCUCCCAUCUGGCCUGAUUGCAAGUGCGGAGUCAGGUGGGAGAGUGACUGUGGGAGUGAAUGGUACCAUCACCAUAACUAACGUUACUGCAGCAGAUGCUGGUCUGUAUGUCUGCAUUGCAACAAACCCUGAGGGCUCGGCGUCAGCCACAGUGUUUGUUGAUGUCCAAACCGCCAUACAUGAUUCAACUUUACCUCCACUUGGCUAUUCAGAAGGCGAUGCAAGAAAAUUUCCUCUGCCCCCUGCUAUCGGUCUUGCCACUGUCGGCGGAGUCAUAAUGAUUUCUGUUGCUCUUGUAUUUGCACUUUGGCGGGCGCAAAGGAAGAAAAAAGCCCAAGCAACAUCAGCACCAACAAUUGAUCCCCCCACAGACGACAUGGACAGCACGUCACUCAAUAGUUCAGGAGGUCAGGGCAGGUCAGAGAUAACCAGCAGUACUACAGGUACAGAACAGGCCGAUACACCUGAGAACGUAUAUGAGGACCCCGAAUCUCUCAUAGCCGUCGCUGGUCCGCCCUUAGGUGCUGUUGGUUCAAAAGAAGAAUCAGUAGUAUGUGCAUCAAAAGCAGCGUCGGCCCAAAAGCCAAUGACAGUCCAUGAACUAGUAAACAUCGUGUAUGGUGAAGACCAGGCUGGUCCUCUUAGAGGUCCGAACACCCACGUGAAGGAAACAGACCAUGAAGCUUCUCUUGUCACCGAGAAUACCGUUAAGUACGAGACAGUGCUGUAUGCUUCUGCUCAGGUUAUUUAUGGCCAUGAAGAUGAUAAAGCACAGUCUGUUGCAUCUCAAUCCAUCUACAAGGCUGACAACGAGUAA